GUCAUAUUUGAAAAGACAUAACAUGAUGUUAUUUGAAGUGCUAGGUGUUAUUUUAGGAAUCGCUUUGGUUCAAGCGUCAGACAGUGGAGAUAUUUGAGCCCAUGUUUCAAAGCUAGAAGCUCAGCUGCAGACAUGCAUGCAGCGUUUUGAACAUCAGGAAGAUCUUGAUACGAGAGUGUCAGCGUUGGAAAAGCAAAUGAAGACUUCAGUGUACAAGCAGGAAGAUAAUAACACUGUGGACAGAAUAAAGUCAUUUUCCAAAUAUACAUCUUUCAAGGAUAAAACAGCAAGUACUUUUCCAAAUAGCAGAAAGAGGUCGACGUAUUAUCAAGGCACUAGAAGUAAACGUAGUGUACAGAGUGUAGCGUUUACGGCAAAAUUAUCGCACGAGUUGACAGGCCUUCCAGUUGGAAAAACUAUAGUAUUUGACACAAUGGUCACUUCGACUACUGACUAUUACAAUAAUGCGACUGGUAUAUUCACAUGCCCACACGCAGGUCUGUAUCUGUUCGCUAUAUUUGUUGAGUCAUCGGGCGGAGAAGCAGUCAUUGCAUUAAAACGGGACGGAGUGGAUUACAUUUCUGCCAUAUCGGAACCCGGUAAAGUUGGAGAUGAUGAUAGUGGAGGCAACGUUGUGCUUCUUCCACUUGCAGAUGGCGAACGCGUCUGGGUUGAAACAGACAACCCGGACAUGUCACUGUGGCCACAUUUUACUACGUUCAGUGGGGUGCUUAUUGAUAGAUACUAGAGGCAAAGCUGUUCAUCAUCAGAGGAAACAUGAACUUAGUUGUCGACGUGAAGUAAUCAAGAACAAUUCAAAGAAAUAUCUAUGUGCAUAGUAAAGCAAAAUAGUUGAUUUAAACUAAAAACCAGAGUCAGCAAUAGAUUAAUUACGACAGCAUUUUAUGUUAUAAAUGGGGAAGUGCUUGUGUGUGAACAUUAUUUUAAAAGUUAGAAAUAAGUUUGACAUGUUUUCAAGCAUAAGUGGUAACUAUUAAAGUAAUGCACAAUUUCAGAAAAAAAAAGAAACUUACUUGGCACCAGGACCGGUUCAUAUUGAAGUUUCACUUUUUUUGCAAUUUUAGCCACACUUUCCUUUGAAGGAAACAGGAUAACGCUCUCAUCGCUAAACACCCAGGCAUCACACAAAUACGCAGUUUUGAAAUUCAAUGUUUAGAGCCGAGUUUAAUGUAAAAGUGAAACUGAAAGUCAUAAAUAUUCUGAUGAUCAGUUAUAUGUUUUACAGGAGAAUCAUCUUUAUUCAAGUGGAUUUUGUUUAAGCGGCAUUUUAAAGAAAGAAAAAAUAAUGUAAAAUUAAACUUCUUUUG